CCUCUCCUCUUCCACUCUUCUCUGAGCUCGCAACAACUAAAUAAACCGUGCGAUCGCAGCGGCGCAGCGCCUGAUUGAUCAGAAAUGGCGGUACACCUCCCAAUGUCUCAACCUUCUCCCGGGCUCUGCGCCAAGCCGCCGCUCCAGCAGCGCGGCAGCGCAUCGACCACCGCGGCCGUGGCGGCGGUGGCCACGCCACCCUCCACGUUCGCGCCGCAGACCACGCGGCUGUCCGCGCCGUCCAUCGCGGUGAACGUUAGGCACACCGCGCCGGUCGUCGUCUUGCCCGAGAGGGCGGCGAAGAAGAAGAGUGGCGAGACUUUGGCGGGCAUGUGGCGGGAGAUCCAGGGCAGCCACGACUGGGCCGGGCUGGUGGAGCCGCUGCACCCGCUCCUCCGCGCCGAGAUCGUCCGGUACGGCGAGCUCGUGGCGGCCACGUACAAGGCGUUCGACCUCGACGCCGGCUCCAAGCGGUACCUCAACUGCAAGUACGGCAAGGCCCGGAUGCUCGAGGCGGUCGGCAUGGCCGGCGCCGGCUAUGCCGUCACGAGGUACAUCUACGCGGCGCCGGACAUCGCCCUCCCCGGAGCGGCGGGGCCGUGCCCGAGCCGGUGGAUCGGAUAUGUGGCGGUCGCGUCCGACGACGCGGCGCGGCAGCUCGGACGCCGCGACAUCGUCGUGUCGUUCCGGGGCACGGUCACCGGGUCGGAGUGGGUGGCCAACAUGAUGAGCUCCCUCGAGCCGGCGAGGUUUGACCCGGCGGACGCCCGCCCGGACGUCAAGGUCGAGUCGGGGUUCCUCUCCGUCUACACCUCUGACGACGCCACCUGCAGGUUCACCUGCGGGAGCUGCCGGAACCAGCUCCUCUCGGAGGUGACAAGGCUCAUCAACAAAUACAAGCACGAGGAGAUCAGCAUCACCCUGGCCGGCCACAGCAUGGGCAGCUCCCUCGCCCUCCUGCUCGGCUACGACCUCGCCGAGCUCGGCCUCAACCGUGUCGGCAACGGCAACACCGUGCCGAUCACCGUCUACUCCUUCGCCGGCCCGAGGGUCGGCAACACGGGGUUCAAGAACCGGUGCGACGAGCUCGGCGUGAAGGUGCUAAGGGUGGUGAACGUCAAUGAUCCUAUCACCAAGUUGCCCGGCAUUUUCUUGAACGAGAAUUCUAGGGUUUUGGGAGGCAGGUUGGAGCUUCCAUGGAGCUGUGCGUGCUACGCGCAUGUCGGCGUCGAGCUUGCCCUGGACUUCUUCAAAGCAAGAGAUCCUGCUUGUGUGCAUGACCUGGAGGCCUACUUAGGGUUGCUCAAGUGCCCUAAGAUUGCAAAGGUGAAAAAGGACGGGGAGGAUCUUAUAAGCAAGGCCAAGAAGUUUGUGCUUCAACAAAAUUUUGAUACUUGGAGGUGGCGAAUGGCUGCAAUCCAAGUGGGUGAGUUGGUACAAGCCAUGGGGAUGUAGAUUGAUACAAGGGUUCAUUUUCAUUCCCAUGAUUUUUGAGGGAUAUGAAACUUAGAUACCCUUGUAAAUUCAUUCUUUUUGUCAGAAAAUGAGAUAGGGAAGAGAGGAAAUUAGACAAAAGACCGGUUAUUGUACA